AUGUUCCAGAGUAUGAAAGAACAGGCAGAGCUAGUGAAAGGGAAUCUGCAAAGCGUUGGCCUCACGCUCCGCCUCGUGCAGUCCAAGGAAGAUGAUGCGGGGCAUGUUGUUAUUGAAACAGUUACACCAAACUCACCUGCAGCAGCUGCUGAUCUACAGAGGGGUGACAGACUCCUAGCCAUUGGCAGUGUUAAAAUCACAUCAACUGUCCAAGUGUUGAAGCUUAUUAGACAGGCUGGGGACAAAGUCUUAGUUUUUUAUGAAAGGCCUGUUGGAUAUAAUCAGCAUGGUUCGGCACUACAGGAUGGAUUUGGACAAUUGGAAGACACUGCUUUCUUGACACAGCAAGAGGACGACCAAGUUAAUGUAUCAGCUGAUGUUGACAGCAGAGAUUUUGAUUCAGAAUUUGAGGACUUAGCAUGUGAAUCACCUGAUCAAAAAGAAGAUACGCCAACAACUCCAAGUCCCAAACGUUCAGUAGUAAUACUUGCUGCUAAACCACUUGGAACCAUAUCUCCAAUUCUGAAUCGAAAACUGCAUUUAGGAAAUUAUCAGACAACAUCUAAAAUGCAACAGAAAGAUGGAGCCAAACUGGCAACACCCAAAGCCUCUGAGAGUUCAGAUGCAUCACAGCUAUCGGGUAAGCAGUCACAAGGUUCUGGUGCUAAGCCUCCUGUACCACCUAGACCACAAAUCAGGCCUACUUUGCCUACUAAUGAAACUCAAAAUCUGUUGGAAUCUGGAAGUGUGUCUUCUGAAAAAAUAGAGAGGCCACCUCCGUCUUCAGGUAAUGGAGACAAAUGUACAGAGAAAGUAGUAAAGAAUAAUGAUCAAACGGAAGACCCAACAUUAUCAAAAGUAGCAAUACCAAAACAAGAUGCAUUAAAAGAUGGAAUUUCAGAAAAUGCACGUGGUCACAAAGAUGGUGGAGAUGAUCAUCGAACUUGGGAAUCACCAGAAAUUCCAUAUCGAGUCCGACAAGGUCGAUGGCCAAAGACAAGAACAUCCUCCUGUCUAUUUGAAGUAGAAGGAUCCCAUAAGUACCUUAAUGUUGCACUGUGGUGCAGAGACCCUUUCAAAGCAGGUGGUUUUAUCUGCUUAGGAUAUGCAAGCAUAAAACUUGAAGAAAUUGCUUUAGACUGUAUAGCUACAUCAUCAAUGGAAUAUGUUAGAACAUUUAAAUUGAGUGCUCCUACACCUAAAGCAGCAGUCACUAGAACGGCGUUGAGGAAUUUGACAACCCAUAAGGGAUUUAAUGAAAAGUUCUGUUAUGGUGAUAUAGCUUUACACUUUAAAUAUUUUAAAGAAGGUGAAGCAGAUGAUUCAAAUUUUCUGCUGGAGAAAGAAAAGGAAUGCCAUCUGGAAGAAGAAGUUAAUGUACUUCAGAAAGAGGAUCCUUACUUGGGACAAAUUGUUCUUACUGAGAACAAGCAUAACUUUCAAGAUACUCAGUUUCAGAAUCCAACUUGGUGUGAUUACUGCAAAAAGGUAUGGACUAAAGCAGCUUCACAGUGUAUGCUCUGUGCUUACGUUUGCCAUAAAAAAUGUCAAGAAAAAUGUCUAGCUGAAACACCCUUCUGUGUAGGAGCUGAAAAGCGACCUGAUCGAACUGCAGGAGGUUGUAGAGCAGAAGGACAGGAAACUUCUCAAGCUGCAUCCAUUCGUGUCGAUUCAGAGUCUAAAUCUGUUAACAGGACUGCAGGUUUGACCAGGCAUAUCAUCAAUACAAGUACUCGUUUGUUAAACCUCCGUCAAGUCCCCAAAGCUCGCCUUUCUGAGCAGGGAACAGAGAUUGUAGAGCCUUCACCAAAGCACACACCAAACACUUCUGAUAAUGAAAGUAGUGAUACUGAAAUUAGCGGUCCAAGUAGUCCUUCAAAACGUGCAUCAGGUAGUGGGAUAAAACUGGUCAGAAAGGAGGGUGGUCUAGAUGACAGUGUCUUCAUUGCAGUUAAAGAAAUUGGGCGUGAUCUCUACAGAAGUCUACCCACAGAGGAACGUUUUCAGAAAUUAGAGUUUAUGUUGGAUAAGUUGCAGAACGAAAUAGACCAGGAGCUGGAAAAUAACAAUUCACUUGUUAAAGAAGAAAAAGAGGCAACUGAGGCAAGGAAAAAAGCGUUGAUUUCUGCUGCGCUGGUUAAAUCAGGUGAAAGACUGCAAGCCCUUACACUGCUGAUGAUCCACUACAGAGCAGGCAUUGAGGAUAUAGAGUCUUUGGAGAGCAUGUCCUCAGACCGGCAGUCUAAAAGAGUGACUAAGGAUUCAGAGGAAGCCAGUAUAGCAGAAGAAGUGGAUAAUGAAGAUAUUGGUCUGACAGAGGCUCCGACAUUCAACAUCAUAUCAGAUGAAUCAGUUGAUCCACCUCAGUCAGUAGACUGAUAUUCACGCUUAGCCUUUGAAGGACCAGACUUAAGCAAAUGCUUUGCACUUAAUUACAGACAUACAGAACGAAUUAAAAUGCUGGUAUAACACA